CAAACUAAUAAGAACCCAUGGGCUCACAUGCAUAUGCCUCACCCUCACCCUCACCCUUUUUUGUUUCUUCUUUCAACACCUCUAACUCUAAGCUGCCUCUCAAAACCAACAUAAUAUCUUUUCCUUCUUUCAACCCUCCAAACAAUUGUCAUCUCAAGUUACCAAGUCUGAAGACCAAUGCUACACUGGAUGAGAAAGACCCUUCCCCACUUCUUGUUCAAGAACAACAGCAAUCCGACUCCGAAGUAGAGGAGAGUGUGAAAGUGCUUAAGAAAGCUGCAAAAACUAGAAAGGUUUCGGUAGAAGAGGUUCUGUCUGCCCUAUCUGUCAUCGAGAAGUCAAAACUUGAUCCUUCUGGGUUUUUGGAGACACUUGGUGGUACAGAGUCUCCUGGCAGAACUUGGAUGUUGAUCUUCACUGCCGAAAAGCAAUUAAAGGGCGGUCGCUACUUUCCUCUUACAGCCGUUCAGAGGUUUGACGCUGCUGGAAAGAGGAUUGAGAAUGGGGUGUAUCUCGGCCCACUUGGAUGCUUAACAUUUGAAGGCAGAUUUUCUUGGAAGAAGAGAAUACUGGCCUUCAUUUUUGAAUGUAUUCGCAUCAAAAUUGGGAAUUUGAAACCUCUAGAGAUCAGUCUGGGCCAAAAAAAUGACAGAGAGCCAGGCAACAAGGAUCCUUUCUUUAUUUGGUUUUACAUUGAUGAGGAAAUAGCAGUUGCUAGAGGCAGAAGUGGGGGGACUGCAUUUUGGUGUCGGUGUCACCGUGUCAAUACCUCUUAUUCUUUUUGAAUUUAUAAUCAGAAUUCAACAGUGUAAUUCUAGCACGGAUGGUAGAUAUUCAUAUAUUUACAUGUAUAGCUAGAUAUGCUUGUACAUAUCAAGUUAACUUGACAGUUGAAACUGCUCUGUCUCUCUCUAAUGUUAUCUCCCUUACUGGGAAAGUAAA